GCAGAGUUUUGGCUCGCUAGCUCUCGUCAGUCAUCCUCAGUCGCGCACUCGCUUGUUUCGCCUCCAUGGCGGUGAUGAAGAAGCUGACUUCCCGCAACACCAAGGGCCAGUAUCGCAAGAUCGACUAUGGCCGCGUGAAGACCAUCAAGGGCAAGAAGUAUGACCGCACCAUUCUCAAGGCUGCGGACAUCGCGGUCAAGGGCGCCGGCGAUGGCCGCAUCGCGGAGAAGGACGCGAAGCUGAUCUGCAAGGCCUGCCGCCCCACCGCGGACGGGCGCUCCACCUACGACACCAUGGAGAAGUCCACCAUGGCCUACGUGCGGAAGAACUACAAGUUCACCAAGGCGGGGGACAAGGCGGUGCGGAGCUUCAUCGCGAAGAUGGGGGCGAAGCAAGCUGCUCGGACCAGGGCUAUGAAGGCUAUGAAGGCGAUGAAGGCGAUGAAAGCGAUGAAGGUCAUGAAAGCGAUGAAAGCGAUGAAAGCGAUGAAGGCCAUGAAAGCGAUGAAGGCCAUGAAGGCCAUGAAGGCUAUGAAGGCGAUGAAGUGAGCGAGCAGUCAUUUGCCGUCAUGCAGAGUUGACGGAAGUGCUGCGACCCCGCACUUAGUGUGGGGAGCGUGCGCCUUGUGGUACUCGAUUUCGAUAAUUUCGAUAAGCUAUGAAGCG